AUGUUUGGAAGUAAUCAAAAGCUGUCCACAACAAAAGAGAAUAAAGGCGAGGAAAAAAUUGUAAAAAUCGAAGCGGAUCAUUUUUGUUCUCGUUGUCAUCCGAUUGAGGUGCCAGAACUUUUAUUACUUAAGAUGCCGAUGAGUGAAAGGCAAUUCCGUGCAAGGAAAAAAGUAGAAAAUGCCAUUAAAAAGCGUAAUGGAGCAAGGAAACCGAUAAUUUCCAUUCACAAUUGA